GGAGGAGGGGGGGGGGGGUCACCAAAUGCAUCAACGGAUAUAACCCUGUGCGCGCCUCAAGCAGAUAUGGUCCGUGGCUGUGCGACUCAGCAAAUGGCUGCCAUUGCUGUAGCUCCCACCAGACACCUCCGUCUAUCUCCUAACGCAGCCUUUCGUUAUCUCUCACUCUAUCGCAAGCCAAUCCCCCACCAGCUUCCCAAACUCCCUACAUCACUCUCUAAACCUUUUCUGUUUCGUUCCUAUGCGUUUCCCGACUUCUCCCUGGAGAUUCCCCGCCGGCGCUGCUUCUGCACCGUAGUCGCCGGAGAGGCCGUCGAGACGACAAAGCAGGAUGUUGCUCAAGAUCAGAGGGGCCAAGUGGGCGGGAAAGUUGGGGAAUUUCGGAAGAAGCUCAAGGUUGUCGAUAUAAAGAGUGGGCCUAAUGAAGGCUUGGACUUCGCGGGGCAGACUCUGGUUGUCAAGGGAUGGGUUCGAACUCUUCGGGUCCAAAGCAGCGUUACGUUCGUAGAGAUUAACGAUGGUUCAUGCCUUUCAAACAUGCAAUGCGUGAUGGACUCAGAUGUCGAGGGAUAUGAUCAGGUAGAAACCGGCUUGAUCACAACUGGUGCAUCUAUAUGGGUGCAAGGAGUGGUGGUGAAGAGCCAGGGAUCAAAGCAGAAGGUGGAAUUGAAGGUCCAGAAAGUAGUACUGGUUGGCAAGAGUGAUCCCUCAUUUCCUAUCCAGAAGAAAAGGGCCAGCAGAGAGUUUUUGAGAACAAAGGCACAUCUUCGUCCAAGGACAAAUACUUUUGGUGCAGUUGCAAGGGUGAGGAAUGCGUUAGCCUAUGCCACACACAAGUUCUUCCAAGAAAAUGGGUUUGUGUGGGUUUCAAGUCCUAUUAUCACAGCUUCAGAUUGUGAGGGGGCAGGUGAACAGUUUUGUGUGACUACCUUGAUACCAAGUUCUCAAGAAACUGCUGACUCUCCUGUUGAUGACAUUCCACAAGUCAAUAACAGAUUAAUUGACUGGUCUCUAGACUUCUUUGGUAAACCAGCAUUCUUGACUGUCUCGGGCCAACUUAAUGGUGAAGCAUAUGCUACUGCUCUUACUGAUGUUUAUACUUUUGGUCCCACAUUCCGAGCAGAGAAUUCUAACACUUCCAGACACUUGGCUGAAUUUUGGAUGAUCGAACCAGAACUUGCAUUUGCUGAUCUAGAUGAUGACAUGGCCUGUGCAACUGCCUAUCUACAGUACGUAGUGAGAUAUGUUCUUGACAACUGCAAGGAGGACAUGGACUUUUUCAAUACAUGGAUCGAGAAAGGAAUCAUUGAUCGAUUGAGUGACGUAGCAGAUAAAGACUUUGCACAAAUAACCUACACCGAAGCAAUAGAUCUACUUUUGGGAGCAAAUAAGAAAUUUGAAUUCCCGGUAAAAUGGGGGUGCGAUCUGCAGAGUGAGCAUGAGCGGUAUAUAACUGAAGAGGCAUUUGGUGGAUGCCCUGUUAUAAUCAGAGACUAUCCUAAGGAUAUUAAGGCAUUUUACAUGCGACAGAAUGAUGAUGGGAAUACAGUUGCUGCUAUGGAUAUGUUAGUUCCAAGGAUAGGUGAACUUAUUGGAGGAAGCCAAAGAGAAGAACGUCUUGAGCUUCUAGAAGCUCGUUUGGAUGACUUAAAGCUGAAUAAGGAUGCAUAUUGGUGGUAUCUUGAUUUGCGCCGAUAUGGUUCUGUACCUCAUGCAGGAUUUGGUUUGGGCUUUGAAAGGCUUGUGCAAUUUGCAACGGGGAUGGACAACAUUCGAGAUGUGAUCCCUUUUCCUCGAACUCCUGGCUCAGCUGAAUUUUAGAUGUUAACUUGCAGAUACUUGAAGCUCGGAUCUUUCUACCCUAAUUUGCAUACACAAUGUAAAUGGUAUAGAGGCAUUCGAGCUUCUUGCAUCCACAUGAAUUAUCUUUUUGCAAGGAAGAAAGUUGGGCACAAGAGUGGAUGUUCUGAUGAAUGCUUUUAUACGUAUUGAAGUUAUGCCAAUUUUAUAAAUUGAUUUUUUUUUAAGGAAUAAAAAUGUCAUGUACUAUGUUUUAGUUUUAUUUGCACAGUAUGAGAUGGCGUAUAAAAGUUGAAAGUAAUUGAUCCUUAUUCUUUCUGAAUUAUGUACAAGAUUGUCUUGUUAA